AGCUCCGCGCCCCUGCCUGGCGACUGUGGUGGCUGCCCCGGGUCGCCGCCAUGGGCAAGUCCGAUUUUCUGACCCCCAAGGCCAUCGCCAACAGGAUCAAAUCCAAAGGGCUGCAGAAGCUGCGCUGGUAUUGCCAGAUGUGCCAGAAGCAGUGCCGGGACGAGAAUGGCUUUAAGUGUCAUUGUAUGUCUGAAUCUCAUCAGAGACAACUGCUGCUGGCCUCAGAAAAUCCUCAGCAGUUUAUGGAUUAUUUUUCAGAGGAAUUCCGCAACGACUUUCUAGAACUUCUCAGGAGGCGUUUCGGCACUAAGAGAGUCCACAACAACAUCGUGUACAACGAGUACAUCAGCCACCGAGAGCACAUCCACAUGAACGCCACGCAGUGGGAAACGCUGACGGACUUCACCAAGUGGCUGGGCAGAGAGGGCUUAUGUAAAGUGGAUGAGACACCAAAAGGCUGGUACAUUCAGUACAUAGACAGAGAUCCAGAAACUAUUCGCCGGCAGCUGGAAUUAGAAAAAAAGAAGAAACAGGACCUUGAUGAUGAAGAAAAAACUGCCAAGUUUAUUGAGGAACAAGUGAGAAGAGGGCUGGAGGGGAAGGAGCAGGAGGUCCCUGUUUUUACAGAAUUAAGCAGAGAGAAUGAUGAAGAAAAAGUUACGUUUAAUCUGAACAGAGGAGCGUGUGGCUCAGCAGCAACCUCUUCCAAGUCCAGUUCUUUGGGACCAAGUGCAUUGAAGACACUCGGGAGCGCUGCGUCAGUGAAGCGGAAAGACUCGUCGCAGAGCUCAGCUCAGUCUAAAGAGAAGAAGAAAAAGAAGUCUGCUCUGGAUGAAAUCAUGGAGAUUGAAGAGGAAAAGAAAAGAACUGCCCGAACAGACUACUGGCUACAACCUGAAAUCAUCGUGAAAAUCAUAACUAAAAAACUUGGAGAGAAAUAUCACAGGAGAAAGGGAGUUGUGAAGGAAGUAAUUGACAAGUACACAGCUGUUGUAAAGAUGAUUGAUUCUGGAGACAGGCUGAAACUUGACCAGACUCAUUUAGAGACGGUAAUUCCAGCACCAGGAAAAAGAAUUCUAGUUUUAAAUGGUGGCUACAGAGGAAAUGAAGGUACCCUUGAAUCCAUCAAUGAGAAGACUUUUUCAGCUACUAUAGUUAUUGAAACUGGUCCUUUGAAAGGACGCAGAGUUGAAGGAAUUCAAUAUGAAGACAUAUCUAAACUUGCCUGAGUUUGAACAGUUAUUAACAACAUGAACUCCAAAGCAUCAAAUUGAUGAUUGUCAAGCCACUAUGAGACUCUACUGUGUUAGGGUAUUUAUUUAUAUAAAACAAAUGGAUUUAUUUAAAUAUUACUGUAUAGUUGUUAGCUAAAAAUCCAAUUGUGUCUCCUAAAAUGUCAAAACUCUGUAGUUUUAUCUUUGUAAUAUUUUCGUGAUGAUUUCUAUCAUUAAAUGUUGUAAAAAGUA